GCCUUCCGAGGUCCAAGGUUUGAUUGCCACCGAUAUUCAUAACCGGGUCAUCUCGUAAACAAUCACCCACCAUGCCUGGCCCCUACCCUGGACACUCUGACGAAGCUUUCCCGGGGGUUUUCAACCUGUCGGCCAUGCCCCCUCAGCCCAAGGAGAAAAAACCAGGUCAGCUUCCAGAGGAGGACAUCCGACGCUUUUUUGAAGAGGGAUAUGUCGUUGUGAAGGAUUUCUUCUCCCCCAGUGAGCUGGAACCCUGUAAGAAAGCUUUAGAAAAACUUGUCGAUGAUGUAGCUCAGCGUCUCUACAAAGCCGGCAAAAUAUCCAGUUUGUACGAAGACUGCGAUCCUUUCCACGAACGACUGCAGAAAAUUGACAAAGAGUGGCCAGGAGCAGCCAUCUUGGUGAUAAAAAACCAAGUACUUCCCCAGGCAAUGAAGAACAUUUGGACGAAUGAGCGCCUGUUGAACGUAGUUGAACAACUGAUAGGACCAAACAUUGCAGGCAACUGUGUGUACAACAUCCGGUCCAAGCUUCCGAACCACGAACCCACUGUCGUGCCGUGGCACCAAGAUAACGGUUACUUCGACAAGGAUGCGUACCGGCAGCUGAUACCCACGGCUUGGAUACCGUUUGUGGAUGCAAAUAAGCAGAAUGGUGGCCUACAGUUUGCACGUCGCGGACAGAAGACAGGGCGCACUGCUGACCACACCUGCUGCUGGCAGGGAACCUGGUACAUCAUGCUGGACGAGAGCGAAAUGAAGAAUACCCUCGAUGUGGACUUAGAGAAGGACAUUCAAGUAGUAGAUGUUCCAUACGGGGGAAUGGUUCUAUUCAGCAAUGUCAUACCCCAUCAGAGCUUGCCCAAUGUUACGAACAAGAUUCGAUGGUCCAUGGAUCUCAGAUGGCAAGAUGCAAACAAGCCUCCUGCGUUCCAUGGUCUGAAAAACCACAUUGUUUUCCGGACAGAAAAAGAGCCUAACCACGUGAUUGACUGGGCGACCUUUGAGGCAGUAGACAGAACGGAAGUCCAGCUGAAAGCUGUGGAGGAUCUCCGAGAGGAUAAACCGGAGAAGGGAUUCGACACGCUGAUUUCUGGCCCCUGGAUGAAAAUGUGGGAAAUUAAUAACAUAAAUAGACAUGUCAUCUUCUAACGAGUGAUAUUGAAAACUUUGUUUUCUCAAAUAGAUUUACUAUGUAUAUAUGCACAUUUUUGGCACUAGUCUAUGAUGACAAUAAACUGUGUUAUGUCAA